UUCAUGGUUGGAUUUACAUAUACGCUCGACUGGGAACGAAAAGUUACGUUUAUUAGCUCUAAAAACACUGCAAGGACUGCAGAACUGAUUUGGAGGACUUUAAAUUAACGGCAUUACUAUUUACUCACUGACACGUCAACCAUCAAAUUUGACCCGGAUUCAUUCAUUUGUUAAGAGCCUCGGCUGGGAUGGCCUUCUACGAAUUUUGUGUUUUUGAUUUCGACUCAUACUUGGAGCUACAUUCGCCCGAUUUUUGGAUAGUUUCGAGCGUCAUGUCAACAACAGUUGGUUUGAAGAAACGCCUAAUUAAACAGCACAACGGGCUCUUAACCUGCUUCGAGGAGCCAUUUUUUGGUCUCAUCUGUAAACUCUACAUUCUUUGUCAAUUAUUUGCUGCAGCACCGAUAUUGGAUACUCCACACCGUAACCGUCGUGCAUUACGUUGCGUACAUUACGUUUGGUGUUCCGUUGUCUUACUGUACAUUUCUGUGGUGAAUUUUCACUUUAUAAAUCGGAUAUAUGAACCAUUGGUUACCAUCGUUAAAAUAUUUUUCUCAACUGAACUCAUUAACAAUCCAUUAAUCGUUGCCUCAAUCGUAUUGAGUAUGUAUUAUAACAGGGAAGAAUACCGUAACAUACCAUAUGAGCUGCUCCGAAUAUUUAAGGUCUACAGAAACUUGCAACCAAAGCUAAGCACUAGAAGCGCAAUUUUUCGUGUGCUCCAUAAGGAACUGCUGAUAAUGGUGGGUGCUGUAAGCAGUGUUAUAUUAUUUUGCUUCCUAGUGGAUUACCUACGCUCGGAACCGUUUUUCAUUGAAUACAUACUCAUUGCAAGCGUAUUCAGUUUAUCCAAUAUACUCAUCACUUUCAAUAUCACGCAAUUUUGGUUGGCACUUCGUGUUGUAUACCAACUCUAUCGGGGUUUCAAUGAGAUUAUAGAGCAACGCCUAAAACGUUUUAGUUUUAUAAAUACAGAAACAUGUGAGCUAAACAGUAAAGAGGUCUAUUAUGUCUAUACCACUGAGAUCUUAUGGUAUCAGCGUGAAUUUCUAAGCUUACGCAAGGAAGCAGUAAACGGUUAUGAAAUUUUAGAUACGAUACGUAGUAUAUACUUCGAUUUGGACACCAUAAUGACACGAUUGACUAAAGUAUUUGGAAUUACGAUGUUGCUGAAUUUUUUCGGCUCAGUGCUGAGUCUUUCCGUCCAAUCCUUUGCUGUGUUUAAGUUUUUUGAUACGGAAAAUUUUUUGGGAGAUAUUUUAGUAGAGGUACAGAAUCGAGUGCUGUGGUUUUUCAUACAUCUUGCGCGCAUACUGCUGAUUUUAGUAACUAAUAAUGCCAUCAUAGAAGCGAAGUGUCGUACGUCAUUUGUACUAAAUCAACUACAUAUAACCUCGAAAGAAAUGGAACGUGCAAUCAAUCGCUUUUUACUGAAGCUAAUGGUUCAUCAGUCUCCGGCGCUACUCUGUGGAAUUGUGGAACUUGAUUUAUUGGUGCUUUGUGGUUGCUGGCAUGGAUUGGUUAACUGCUAUUUGUAUUCGCGCAAAGCAGGUGCCUGUAUCGCAGAGAGGAUGCACGAUUUCGGCACCGAUCUCGGUGAAGAAACCGGUAUACUGGCUAUAAGUUUGAUAGCAAAUCGUAGACUACAUGCACUUGAGCGUUUUCUCUGGGUUGCCAUAGUGCUCGCAUCCAUAUUCGCCGCCUUACGUUUAAGUGGCGUUCAAGUGAGACGUUACUUACAUUCGCCGACUGUCAUCUCAGUGGAUCGAGAUUAUCGCGGUUGGCAUGGUCCAUUGCCAGCGGUAACGCUUUGCUAUUACGAUCAUAUAGAUUCAUUCAAAGCGAAUGAGUAUAUACAGGAUAACUGGAAUAUUUCCAUUGUGGAUAAUGAUUAUUUCUACUUCAUGGAUUUUCUCUAUGCAGUGGUUAAUGCGACGGCUAGCAAUUAUGCUGAUCUAGCGCGUUUCGCCGAAGACGAACGUUUCGAUAAUGUGGAUCUGGCGGAGGUGGUGCAUGCGAUCGAUAAACCUUUCGAACAAACUUUGACUAGCUUUGAUAAGAAGAAUUCAACAAUACAAAUACGACCAGUUAUGACAGAGCGUGGUUACUGUUAUGCAAUAAACUCACCUAUGUCGGAAAUCUUAGCUGGGAGAAAUAUUGAGUAUAAAGACGUUGUACAACCGCUUACCUGUGAGUAUGGCAAGCAGUCGUGCUUCAUCAAAAUGGACUUGUACGAAAGUACGGGCACGGUCGAUAUCCAUUCACCUUUUGAGGUUUCCGCAAGCGAUGCGAACAUCAUAGCCUUACACAAAUCGGAUGAGAUUACCGCUUCCUUCAAAGUGCUAGAAACGGUCGCAUCGAAUAAUUUGCGUGAUCUACAAGUGGAUCAAAGAAAGUGUGUGUUUUACGACGAAGAGACAUCGCAACUAAAGGUUUAUAGCAAAACUCUAUGUUUAGUGCGUUGUCGCGCUGUUAUGGCUCUGGAAAUGUGUAACUGUGUACCGUUCUUCUAUGCUUUUGUGGAGGGUCCCAGUUGUAAUCCUGCCGGCUUCGAGUGUCUGCUCGAUUUCAAAUGGCCCAUUUGGGCUUUGCAUAUUUGCAAGUGUCCAAGUACAUGUACAGAAAUCGAAUACACUGUGCAGACAGUGAAAAAGAGCUAUUGGGGCGUUAAAAUGAAUGAUGAAAUCGCCACUACAGAUGUGGCUACAUCCAGCUUCCGUUGGGAUGUGAUACCACCGAAAGUGCGUAUGAGGCGUGAUGUCGUCUUUAGUUUUGAAGACUUACUAGUCUCAUUUGGCGGCACUUUGGCGCUGUUCUUCGGUUUUAGUCAAAUAUCUGUCGUUCGUAUUGGCUAUGUGCUCACCUAUCACGUGAUUUUGGCAGUUGUGGAGUUAUUACGUAGCUUAAAAAAUGUCUGUGGAAAAAGUUUACACAAUUUUAAACGGAAGCGAAAUGGAAAUCAAAUUUUACUGGUACAGGAAAAGUCAAAGCCUUCUUUUCGUCUUUUUAAAAAGCAUCCGCAGUUGAUCGCGAUGCAUGAGACCUUGUCAAAAGAUGAUAAUGCUAGUGAUUAUAAUGGCCCAACUGAUGUUAGUAUUGAUAAACCCGAAUUCGAGUAUGUAAACUGAGAGGAUAUGAAAAGUUGGAGCUCGAUCUCGAAGGAAGUUCUUUUGCUUUCGGCGUUGUUAUCAAAUUCUUGUUAUCUUAAUUUGUAGUGUUUGUUGCUUCAAGGGCUUUUGAAAUUUAUGUAACAAAUUUUUUACACAUAAUUGUAGCAUCUACGUUAUAUUUACGUCACAAUACUUAUUAAUAAUGGAUUAUAUUUCAUUUAUUGAGUUCAAAACCACAAAUAUGUUAAGGCUGCAAAUACACUGUGUUUAGCUGCUUUGCUCGCAAAUGAUACUUAUCUAUGGUACAUUAUCUACAAAUAUAUACUAUAUUAUUUAUACACUGAUUGAAAUAUUAAACAAUUUCAUCAUAGUUUCUCGAUAUUUGUUUGUCAAUUAAGGCAGGGAAACACCAGUUUACUCCCAUUUUGAUUCUGAGAAGUACAUCUGCUUUCACCUUCAUGACUGCCAUUUCUGCUUGAAGGACACAAUAGCGAUGUGGCUGUCUGAGGCAAGAGUUGAUUGAGAGCCUCGGACAGAAAACUCCCCCUCCAACCUACCCCUUGAAUUUCGAUCCAUCCUUGAAAAAAGCUUACUGUGUCCGGUUUCUCGCAGUUUGUUAGCUAUCUUCGCAGCAAUGUCCACAGGUGCUCUAUGUAGAAUGCUGUGAAGUACUAUAGUUGGAGUUGUACGUAGUACAUUACUGAUGCUAAAGGGAGCAUGUUCUAGCUGUUUAGCGAUCAAGUGCCUUUCACUAAACAAAUGCAUCAUAGAACAAU